AAUAGCAGGCCUUUGACACCUCUCAUAUCACACCAUUCAAAGGUCCAAAUUUUCUCUCUUGACUUUUUGUAUCAAACCAUUCUUUUCUUCAAAAACCUCUCAAGUUUCUUCUCAUAAUCAUGUCUCAGACUGUUGUUCUCAAGGUUGGCAUGUCAUGCCAAGGCUGUGUCGGAGCUGUAAAAAGGGUGCUGGGGAAAAUGGAAGGUGUAGAAAACUUUGACAUUGAUCUGAAGGAGCAAAAAGUGACAGUAAAGGGAAAUGUUCAACCAGAAGCUGUUCUCCAGACUGUUUCAAAGACUGGAAAACCAACAUCUUUCUGGGAAGCAGGGGAACCGGCUCAAACUGAAGAAAAGCCUGCAGAAGCUGUUGGUACAGCUUGAUGGUGUCUAAUGGCCUGGAAUUGUAUGUCAAGGCUUGUGAUUUAUACGACUUUAUCAAGAAUUCCUUUGUGUAAUAUGAGGCUUGAACAGUUAAAAUCUAAAAUUGCAAUAAGUUCUUGAGCAUUUGGUGUUGUUUUCUUUGAUAUAGAUAUCAAGUGCAUUGAUUUA